CUUGGUGGACCUCAUAUCCACCUAACAAAAGUCUUCAUUUUAUUUAUAUAGUGUGGAUCUAUCAACUCUUUUAACUCCACAGCACACCCCGAGGUCUCAUCCAUGGCAUCCUCUCUUCUUCCGCUCUCUCUUUCCUUCCUAAUAAUGGUCUCCUACUUAAUGAUUAUCGCUGUUCCAAGUGCCAUAGUAGCCGAGCAAAUCAGGCACUUCGAGUUCAAUGUGCAAAUGGCCAAAGUGACUCGGCUCUGUAGAACCAAGAGCAUUGUGACAGUGAACAAGCAAUUCCCGGGGCCAGAGCUCAUCGUGAGGGAAGGCGAUCGAGUUGUUGUCAAAGUCACCAACCAUGUCGCGUACAACAUCACCCUUCACUGGCAUGGUAUUCGACAACUAAGGAGUGGGUGGGCCGACGGACCAGCCUAUGUGACUCAGUGCCCGAUCCAAACCGGGCAAAGCUAUGUGUACGACUUCACUAUUAUAGGACAAAGAGGCACCUUCUUUUGGCACGCCCAUAUCUCGUGGCUUAGGGCUACCCUCUAUGGCCCUCUUAUCAUUCUCCCAAAGAUUGGGGUGCCCUAUCCUUUCCCCGAACCCUAUAAGGAAGUCCCUAUCAUCUUGGGGGAGUGGUGGAAGGCUGACACAGAGGCCGUCAUUAGCCAAGCUCUUCAAAGUGGAGGAGGGCCUAAUGUUUCGGAUGCCUAUACUAUUAAUGGCCUACCUGGUCCCCUGUACAAUUGCUCAGAUCAAGAUACGUUCAAGUUGAAGGUGAAGGCAGGGAAGACGUACAUGCUCCGCCUCAUCAACGCCGCACUCAACGACGAGCUCUUCUUCAGCGUCGCCGACCACAAAAUCACCGUCGUCGAUGUCGACGGCGUCUAUGUCAAGCCCUUCGACGCCGACGUCAUCAUCAUCACGCCCGGCCAAACGAGCAACCUCCUACUCCGCACCAAGCCGAGCUAUCCCAACGCCGCCUUCCUCAUGGAGGCCAGGCCUUACUCCACCGCCCGCCGAGGCACAUACGACAACACCACCGUCGCCGGCGAGCUCGUGUACGAGUACCAAACCGCCGCCUCCCACAAGGCCCUCCCCCUCCGGGCGCCGACGCUGCCGGCGUUCAAAGACACCUCCUUCGCCGCGAAGUUCGCCAGGAAGCUGCGCAGCCUGGCGACUCCCCUGUUCCCGGCGAAGGUCCCCCGCGGCGACGCCGUCAGGCGAUUCUUCUUCACGGUGGGGCUGGGGACCCUCCCCUGCCCUGCGAACGCCACGUGCCAGGGGCCCACCAACGACACCAUGUUCGCGGCGGCGAUCAACAACAUCUCGUUCGUGACGCCGGCGACUGCCCUGCUUCAGGCGCACUACUUCAAGCGGUCGAGGGGGGUCUACACGGAGGACUUCCCCGAGUUACCGGCGGCGCCGUUCGACUACACCGAGGCGCCGCCGAACGACAACACGGCCGUAAAAAUCGGGACGAGGCUGGCGGUGCUGCCGUUCAACACCAGCGUGGAGGUGGUGAUUCAGGACACGAACAUUCUCGGGGCGGAGAGCCAUCCGCUGCACCUCCAUGGAAUCAACUUCUUCGUUGUCGGGCAGGGCUCCGGAAACUUCGACCAGGACAACCAUCCGGUUGGCUUCAACUUGGUGGAUCCGGUUGAGAGGAACACCGUCGGCGUGCCGGCCGGCGGUUGGGUGGCCAUUCGAUUUUUAGCCGACAACCCAGGAAUGUGGCUCAUGCAUUGUCACAUAGAGACCCAUUUGACUUGGGGUUUGAAGAUGGUUUGGUUGGUACUCGAUGGGAGCCUUCCGAGCCAAAAGUUGCCUCCUCCGCCGUCAGAUCUCCCGAGAUGUUGAUCUUGAUCGAUGGAUAAAUUAAUCAUCAAUUCUUAGUUAAUUAAUUUGCGAAUAAGUUGACAUCUAAAAUUUCUUAUGCGGGUAGUGUUUUUCCUUUCAUUUCGAUGUGUGUUUGUCGUGCAGGAAGAUGGAGGAGGAGGAAAAAACCUAAGCACAAAGCUUUGAUGGUUUUCGAAUUAUCUAAUAAGAUGUCGAAUUGUG